CCUCACCAGAAGGGAGACCCUUGGGCUUAGCAGGGGCAUUGCAAGUCACGCCCACUCUCUUCGUUAAGCUUCAGGCUCUGACUGUAGUGUACAGCGCGACGCUCUGCCUGCACCCUGAACUUUAAGUAAUAUUAAACCUUCUUCCUCCCCACUAAUAAAUAUCUGAGCAUCAUUAUUAAAACUUGAUUUUUUAGGUAUGGCACACCACUUGGGUGCGGGACACAAUUAUAAGAUGGACUCUACCUGACAAAUGUAAACAUUGUAACCUAGUUGUUUGAACCCUCACAUUAACCUGAAAUAAAAAAAUAAAUAAAAGAAUGAUACAAACACAAUCAAUUACAAAAUACAUUAGAGUAUUGGAAAACAAUCCUUUGGUAGCGUUUACUUGGAGACGCCAAUCCCACCUUCUGAGGAACAGGCGCUCCAUGUUCCCACGGGUUCCAGCAUCACCGUCCAUCUUUACGUCAACACUGCAGGACCUCUAUGAUCUCAUUUUACAGAUGGACAAACUGAGGCUCACACACAGCAAGCCCAGGGCUGGGGCUGGAUUUGAAGCCAGCUCUGUGGACGUCAGGACCUUCAUGACCAGCAACCGUCAAGGAUAUACCGGAGACGUCGCGGAUCAGGAUGGAAAAACCCAUGUUGCAGCAGAGGAAACUGAGGCUCAGAUCUUUCGGGUCCCAAACCAGAUCCUAAGUAGCCAGGUCCUCUUAGUGGCAGAGCCCGAGGUCUUCUAACACAGGGAAGUUGGACGGCGCACCAGGCAGAGUUGUGGAAGCUGGCGCUCGGAGGCAGGGAAGGUUCCAGAGCCACGUCCGUUCCAAAGUGUUCCGAGUACUCUGUGCCUUUAAGGUGGGAACGAGGUUGGAAUAUUCUGGGCGGGCAUAAUAACGUCACAUUGGGCUUCGGAUCUGAGACUGUCUGGAGGCGGGGCCUGACGUCUGACUUCCCUCCAGGCGUGCUCCUCCCCUUUAAGGCGCACUACAAGGGCUAGGCUCCUUUGACCUCUUUAAGGCGCGGCCCGCGCCCGGCGGCAGAAAAAGCGGCUUAAAGGCGACGCGUGGAGCUAUGGCGGCGGCCCCACGGGCGUGCCGGUGGCGCUGGCGGCCGCUGCCGGCGCUGCUGCUGUUACUGGUGCUAGUGCCACCGCCUCCGGGGGGCCCACCGGGCGCCGCCGCCUACUUCCCGGAGGAGCGCUGGAGCCCGGAGUCGCCGCUGCAGGCACCGCGCGUGCUUAUAGCUCUACUGGCUCGAAACGCGGCCCACGCGCUGCCCACCACGCUGGGUGCGCUCGAGCGGCUGCGGCAUCCGCGGGAGCGCACUGCGCUAUGGGUGGCUACAGACCACAACAUGGACAACACAUCAGCUGUGCUGCGGGAGUGGCUAGUGGCUGUGAAGAGUUUAUACCAUUCUGUGGAAUGGCGGCCAGCAGAGGAACCCAGGUCCUACCCAGAUGAGGAGGGCCCCAAACACUGGUCUGACUCUCGCUAUGAGCACAUCAUGAAGUUGCGCCAAGCGGCCCUGAAAUCAGCUCGGGACAUGUGGGCUGAUUAUAUCCUGUUUGUGGAUGCGGACAAUCUGCUACUCAACCCUGACACACUGAGCCUGCUCAUUGCUGAGAACAAGACGGUGAUUGCUCCAAUGCUGGAUUCCCGGGCUGCGUAUUCCAACUUCUGGUGCGGAAUGACUUCGCAGGGCUACUACAAGCGCACACCUGCUUACAUCCCCAUCCGCAAGCGGGACCGCCGGGGCUGCUUCGCGGUUCCCAUGGUGCACUCGACCUUCCUGAUCGACCUGCGAAAGGCAGCAUCCAAGAACUUGGCCUUCUAUCCACCCCACCCUGACUACACCUGGUCCUUUGAUGACAUCAUUGUCUUUGCCUUCUCCUGCAAACAAGCAGAGGUCCAGAUGUAUGUGUGCAACAAGGAGGUAUAUGGCUUCCUGCCGGUGCCACUGCGGUCCCACAGCACCCUCCAGGACGAGGCUGAGAGCUUCAUGCACAUGCAGCUGGAGGUCAUGGUGAAGCACCCACCAGUGGAGUCCUCCCGGUUUGUCGCUGUGCCCAUGAAGACGCCUGACAAGAUGGGCUUUGAUGAGGUCUUCAUGAUCAACCUGAAGCGGCGGCAGGACCGGCGGGAGCGCAUGCUUCGCGCACUUCAGGAGCAGGAGAUUGAGUGUGUACUGGUGGAGGCAGUGGAUGGCAAAGCCAUGAACACCAGCCAGGUGGAGGCGCUGGGCAUCCAGAUGCUGCCUGGUUACCGGGACCCCUACCACGGCAGGCCACUCACCAAGGGCGAGCUGGGUUGCUUCCUCAGCCACUAUAACAUCUGGAAGGAGGUGGUGGACCGGGGGCUGCAGAAAUCACUCGUAUUUGAAGAUGACUUGCGUUUUGAGAUCUUCUUCAAAAGGCGCCUUAUGAACCUCAUGCGGGACGUGGAGAGAGAGGGCCUAGACUGGGACCUCAUCUACGUGGGCCGGAAGCGAAUGCAGGUGGAGCACCCUGAGAAGGCUGUGCCCCGUGUCAGGAACCUGGUGGAGGCUGAUUACUCUUACUGGACCCUGGCCUAUGUGAUCUCCCUGCAAGGUGCCCAGAAGCUGCUAGCUGCCAGGCCACUCGCCAAGAUGCUACCUGUCGAUGAGUUCCUGCCUGUUAUGUUCGACAAGCACCCAGUGUCUGAGUACAAGGCCCACUUCUCCCUCCGCAACCUGCACGCCUUCUCUGUGGAACCCCUGCUUGUCUACCCAACGCACUACACGGGGGACGACGGGUAUGUGAGUGACACAGAGACCUCAGUCGUAUGGAAUAAUGAGAAUGUCAAGACUGACUGGGACCGGGCCAAGUCCCAGAAGAUGCGGGAGCAACAGGCACUGAGCCGUGAGGCCAAGAACUCAGAUGUGCUCCAGUCCCCGUUGGACAGUGCUGCCCGUGAUGAACUCUGAGGGGCAGGAGUCAAAAAGCCAAAGCAGCCAAUUGCUGUCCCACCCUCCACAUGCUCACCAGGGAUAGCAGGGCCACCUGUGGUCUCCUGGGCAGGCCACAGAGGGCUCUCCAUGCAGGGUAGUGACCAGCCAGCUCUUGCUCAGCAAUCACAUGCAUACAGUCAGCAUUAAUGGAGUGCCUUCUGCAUGCCAGAAAUAGGGCUUGGCAAGGGGGAAUUAGGAGGAACAAAGCCCUCUUCAUUCCUCUGUUCAUGUGCCCAACACUUGUUAAGCACCUGCUGUGUACCAGGUUCCUUUUAUGACAGUGAAUGAGGCUUAAUUAUUCCCUCCAACAGUGAUUCGUUUAUCAAGCAUUUAUUGAUCAGAUUAGGAAUCAGGUACUAGUGAUACACAUUUGUUUUUAAAAUUAAUUCAAAUAUUGGGCGGCGCCUGUGGCUCAGUCGGUAAGGCGCCGGCCCCAUAUACCGAGGGUGGCGGGUUCAAACCCGGCCCCGGCCAAACUGCAACCAAAAAAUAGCCGGGCGUUGUGGCUGGUGCCUGUAGUCCCAGCUACUCGGGAGGCUGAGGCAAGAGAAUCGCUUAAGCCCAGGAGUUGAAGGUUGCUGUGAGCUGUGUGAGGCCACAGCACUCUACUGAAGGCCAUAAAGUGAGACUCUGUCUCUACAAAAAAAAAAAAAAAAAAUUAAUUCAAAUAUUUAUUGAGUGCCUACUGUGUAUUAGGCACUAUCCAGGCUCUGGGAAUAUUAAUAUAAAUGACACUCAUUCACUUAUUCAAACAUAUAUUAGGUGCCUGCUGUGUGCAGGAAGGUGAACUAGGUGAUAGGGAUGGAGGUAAAUAAGGUGCUUUUCACUCUUAAUUGGUUUCUUCCCCACACUUCUCAGGAACCCGACACUAGUGAUUCAAAUCAGUAUGAGAGUUGUUCAGUCAGCAUUUUUGAUCAUCCACUAUAUGCUGGGCUGCAUGCCAGGUGCGGGGGCACAGAGGUGAACUAUAUGACUAUCUUUAUUUUUACAUACCACAACCAUUUAUUGCGCACCUAAUGUAUGCCAGGGCUCCUGAUUCUCAUUUGGAUUGAAGAGUGAUCAACUUAAGUUUGGUUCCUCCCUGUCCCCACACCCACCUGAGCUGUGUGCAGACAACAUCCCCCCACCAUCCAGGAGGGAGGGAAGCGCUUUCCAUACCAGGGGCCACCACAGGUCUCAGUGGGCACACGGCCACAGGCAAGCCCCCCUGGAGGGGGCAUAAGAGGUGGGGGCUGGGUCUCCCUCACCCAACCCGGGUUCCAUUCACUGAACUCCCUGCCCUUGUGUCUCAGGUGUGGUCUCUGCCUGCUUGAUAAAGUUACUUUGUUCAAGUGUUUGGUGGGAUCAUGUGUUUGGGGGGCUUGUAGGGGCUCAGCUGCACUGGGGCACUGCCCAUGGCCUGGGCAGGAUGUUCCCCCGUAAGGGCUGGAGGAUUUGAUAUGCCUUCACCCUGAAUCGAAUGUCAGAGCUAGCCAGCUGUGCUUCACCCUGUUGGGAAUAACUUGCUUAUUUUUUUAUUAAAUGUUCAUGGUUGGUUUUCA